AUGGCUCGCAAGAUGAAGAAAGCGUCGACCUCCACGACAGCGCGAGCGACGCGCAUCAACAAGGACGUCAAGACGACGCUCACGCACAGUCGUGUGCUGUCCUUCCUCUACGACUUUAUGUGGAGCUACCGCUACUUCCCCCAGCUCGCCUGCCUUCUACUGCUGCUCGAAGCGGGUGUGGGCUACAUGAUCAUUCAGAAAGUGCCGUAUACCGAGAUCGACUGGUCCACGUACAUGCAGCAGGUGGAGCUGUUCAAGCAUGGAGAGCGUGAUUACCUCAAUAUUCGCGGUGAUACUGGACCGCUCGUGUACCCUGCAGGCUUCGUGUACCUCUUUUCGUUCCUGCACUCGGUCACCGACGACGGACAGAACGUUCGACGGGCCCAGUACAUUUUUCUAGGCUUCUACCUCGUCAUGAUUGCCACCGUGUUGGCCAUCUACUACCGAGCGCGUGUCCUGCCACCGUGGGCCACUGUCUUCUUGUGCAUAUCGAAGCGUCUGCACUCGAUCUUUAUGCUGCGCAUGUUCAAUGACGGCGUGGCGAUGAUGCUGCUGUUCCUGGCUGUGUAUCUGUUCGCCCGCCAACGCUGGCGCUGGGGAUGCGCACUUUUUAGUCUCGCCGUGUCGGUCAAGAUGAACGUCUUGCUGUUUGCACCGGCGCUGUUCUUCUUGUUGCUGCAGUCGUGUGGCAUCCUACGCACGGCCUGGUACCUACUGGUCUGCGCCGCUAUUCAGAUUGCAUUGGGCUACCCGUUCCUCAAGCACAAUUGGUGGGGCUACGUAAACCAAGCAUUCGAUCUCAGCCGCGUGUUUACGUUCAAGUGGACGGUGAAUUGGCGUUUCCUUGACGAAGAAACGUUUGUGUCAGGUGGAUUCGCGCUACUGUUGCUAUUGGGGCACCUGUUCUUCAUGGUGCUUCUUCUGGACAAGCACUUUAAUAUCGUGGGCACCAUUCGCGCUGUGAUGAUGAAGCCAUUUGCUAUAUACGAGCCGUUUCCAAUCCAAAGUGAGAUCGUGGUCACGUCGCUGUUUGUGAUGAACUUUGUGGGGAUCGUGUUCUCGCGCACGCUGCACUACCAGUUCUAUGCGUGGUACUACCCGACGCUGCCAUACUUGCUGUGGUGUUCCGACCUGCCUUUGCUACUCAAGAUGGCAGCGCUGCUGAACAACGAGUACGCCUUCAACACGUUCCCGUCGACUACUAUGAGCUCGAUCAUGCUGCAGCUCACCAACAUGUUCUUGCUCAUCACGCUGUACCUGAACCAGAAGUCGAACAAUUUCGUGCCGUACCUGGAUGCAGAGUCGCGCAUCAAUCUGAUCGCGUUCGUGAACGAAGAGUGUUUCGACGGUGCACGUCAGCUCGCUCUGUACUACGGCAGUGUGACCCAAGAUUUGGCGGAAGGAGCGAGGGUCUCGUCCAUUGACGAGCACGAGGUCGUGCUGUCACUCCCCACGAUGAAGCUCACGCUCGCAGUUGGCUUUGGUAGCAGCGGACCCGUCACGGGGGAAGGUUACGGUCGUCAAGUGCUCAAGGACAUGCUCCGUGAAGCUGCUGAGGGCAUCAAGAGCGGCGACACCAUGGGCAAGCUCAUCAACCGCGAGUACACGAAGGAGAAGGAGCUGGAGCGACUAGUUAACUCGCUGGACGAGCAGCACGAGAGUAUCAACAAGAGCCAGUCGCUACGUCAGCGUACGACCACCGAGACAGUGACGUCGACGUCGUCGACGAACGUGUAA